AUGGAAACACACGUGAUUCCGGUGCGACGACGGCUCGAAUCGGAGCAAAUGGAGCAGUCCGAGAUUUCAAUGUCCGUCGUCACCGAUGACACCCGUCUCUUUCCGGUAGGCCUAUUUUGCUGUGUUAUCAGCCUUGUGCCCCAAAAAUGGAAUAGAACUUUGAACUACAUCAUCGAUUUGGCGCAACUUUGACAGUCUUGAAUGUGUGAGCUAAAGUAAUAUUAGGUGUGUGUUUGCACAAUAAAGUUGUCAACUACAAAAAUAUUCUACAAGUCAUUUUUUUUUGUAGCUGACAACUUUCUUGUACACGCACCCCUACUAAGGCUACUACAGCUCACGGAAGUCGUGGCUCAAGUUCUAUUACGGGCGGUCUGAUUGGGUUAGCACACUCUUUUUUAAAGUGGCAUAACGGUUUCACGGCCGUGGCCUAGAAAACUAAAGCCUAAAACUCUUCUCCGGUAUGUCGUCGUAGACAUGUUUUCUCCUUACUAGAUCCAAUACUACCGUACUCACGGAAGGAGAGUCUUUGAUCAUUUUCCCACGCAAAACAAUGAUGCAAAGUAAUCCUCUUAUGUAAACUGUCCAUUCACAUGGCAAAGAGCGUAGCAGUUUUGAUACACAUCAAGUUCGAAAUGUUCAAAAGAAAGAAGACGGAACGCCUCCACCCCCGCCGUCCCAAAGAGAGAUUUUCGAAAAACACACUGUCAAAAAGCGACUCUUUUUGUUUGAGUUUCGAAUCUGUUCAAACGGGCCGAGUAGUUUGUGUGUAUGUGAGUGAGUCACACCGGGAGCACCGAAAACGUGGCAAUGCUGCCAAGGCGCCGCCCCUCUCCGCCGCCCCUCGUCUCCUGCUCACUUUUUAGACUCCUCUCCUCGCCCUUCUUUCUCUUUUCCUUGGUGCGCCGCUUUCUGCCCUCACCUUCUAUCCAUCUGUUUGUUUUUUGUGUGUGUGUGUGUGUGUCCCGGAAAAAGAUCAAAAACUGUUCGCGGAGCCAUGAUACCGAUGAGAAGGUUGGACAGUGAUGGCCGAGAAUCUCGAAAGGUAACUCGGAUGGAGAGGAUUGGGAGGCAGUGGAAAAAGUUUGCUCUUUUUCCGUUUCCUAGGAGAUUAGCCAGUGAGCACCACGUGAGCGGGGAGAAGGCAGGAGAUGAGGCUGAAAUAUUAGCGGCGCUUUUGGAAGCUGAAUUUGAGUUUGAGAUUGAGUUUGAAUUUGCAGGUGCGGAGAAGGUCAACACUCUAUGCUAUCAAUGACAACAAAAGUGUGUGGUGGUAAGUCGUUAAUGGAGUCGUGAAGCAAUUGGGUUUCAAAGUGAUGGCCGCGGCCUAGAAAACUGUUUCGUGAGACUUUCAAACUUCAAUUCCCGGCAAAGAGUUAGAUGCGCAGGUUUGCACACAUUGACCAGAAAUCGUGGUUCACACACUCACUCUUUUGGUGUGGUGAAAAAAAACGUAUCGGAUUACGUAGAAAGAUGCGUUCAGCUGCCCGGUCAACGUGGAGCCCAUCCUGUUCCUGGUCACGUGUGGCUUCGGGCUCAUGGCCACCAAUAACUCGCUCUUCACCUACUGGGCCCGAUGCAUCCAGAUCGCCGAGGGUCACAAAGAGUACACGCACAAUGUGACGUACACGUGCGCCUCGAUUGCCACGUACAACGGAACGCUGCAGGAUGACGUGGAAAAGGAUAUCGCCAACACGAAAAUAUACUUACAGGUUUGGAGGUUGACUCGUGGCCCAACAAUGUUAAGGUUCCAGAUCUUCGGAACGAUUCCCACUUUGAUUAUAUCUCCGCUAAUCGGCAACUGGUCGGAUAAAAACGGACGGAAACCUCCGUUGCUCUUCUCGCUUUUGGGAUUGGUCAUCUACAAUUUCCUAUUGCUCUGCGCCACGCUCACCUACGAAUCCGUCAACGUCUACUACUGGUUCUUUGUCUCCGAAAUCCUUUUGGGACUUUUCGGCGGCGGCGCGGCCACCUUCUCCACUUCGCUCGCCAUCGUCACAGAUGAUUGCCGUCAUAAAUUGAAACCGGUGAGCUUUCAACAAUUUUCACACUUUCGCUCUUUUUGACGGAACGACCCGGGUUCAAAAAUAGUGAGAAAACUGCAAUGGGCGGAACUAUGGGCGUUCAAGAGAGGCAUAGAGAAGACAUGAUCAAGAAGGACCGGUGAUAUAUUUCAGGGCUCCUCAACAGUCCCCUUCCGAGUAGGCCUCGCCUCGUUCAUCCAAUCGAUCGGAUCGCUCAUUGGCACUUUGGUCGUGUCCAUUCUCGCCGUUCCCGCAAUUCUGUCAGUGGAAAGACACGCCAUGAGCUAUGUGAAAUGUGCAUUUAUACGUAAGAUUAAUCAAAGAAGGCCUGCUCCAAGAACUCUGGAAUUUCUUCAGAGACCGGCCUCUCCUUGAUUGCUCUGAUCUACGCGAUAUUCUUUGUUCGAGAAACACACUUUCCGAGGAAGGAAGAUUUCAGUUAUAAUCAAUUUGAUGGUAAGCUACUUACUUGGUGCGUGACGCAACGAAAUAAUGUUCAGAAAACGAAGAAGUGGAAGAAGUUGAGCAACGGCCCAAGGUCACUGGAAUCCGUCAGUUCACUGCUUAUCUGGAGUCUGUCUUUGGAGUUCUGAUGGUCCGAAGACCCGGAUGGACACGUCUGUGUCUCUGUGUUUCGCUCCUUUUUGUGUUCAUCGAGUUUCUUUCGUUUGGUAUGUUCAUGACAACCUGUGAGCCUUGCAUAAGAUAGUCUUUAGCCGUAAGACCUUACUUUAAGAUCUACACAUGAUCAGAUCGACCACCUUUCUCAUUCAGACCUUUUUUGCAGACCCCUCCCUCCUUCUCCUCCUCGUCAAACGUCUCCCGUUCGCGUGGAACGACAAGAUCUUCAGCUACUUCUCGGUGGUCCGCAGUCUCGUCAUCUCCUUCGGAAUGGUGCUCUGUCCCCUUCUGCUCACUCUUUGCCAUUGGCUCGGCAAAGAUUCGCUUUUAAUCAUCGCCGCCCUGGCAUCCUCUGCAGGCGCCUCUUUCCUCACCGCGUUCGCCACGAAGAGUGAACACAUCUUUUACAGUAAGCACUUUUCUCCUUAAAACUUCUAUGUACAAGUUUAUAUUUCAGCUUGUAUUUUCGGUUUGAUAAUGGGCGGAAUGCAGCCGGCCUAUCGCUCGUUCCUGCCUCGAAUGGUCGGCAAGGAAGAGACCGCCCGUCUGCUGACCGUCACCUCCAUCAUCAUUUCCUUCUCACCCAUUCUGUCCUCUCUGAUCUUCAACUCCAUCUUCAACAUGACUCUCACUUGGUGGCCUGGAUUUGCCUUCUUCGUCUCCGGAUGCUUUCAGUUCACAGUUUUCAUAGGACAAAUGUGAGUUUCCAGUUGAUUAUUCACAAUCCUAGUGCUCAUUUCAUUUCCAGAGUGAUCCACUUGCUCAUGCGUCCCCAGUGGAAGCUUGACAAACAGUUGCGAGCACGUCGUCUGGAUGAAACGGACGAACGUGAUGACGUGGAUUUCCAACCGAUCGGCGACGCCGAACAACGCAGCAUCUCGAACACUGCCGUCGGAUCGGACAGCGGAUCGAGAAGAGGACUCUGA